AUGCCAAGAAAUGCCCCGCCGUCUCCGGAGUUCGUUGAAGAAGAUUCGGAGGACCGGACAGCGGGAAACAUUCCUGGACGUGUAAUAUUGCCCUCAGAAAUGAUGAACGUUGGAGCCAUCUUUCUAACUGAUAUUGCUCUUGCCGCCUCCCAAAAUGACUGUUACCAAUUUAGUGGGAAUUUCGCAUUGCCGGGACUUGUAUAUUAUGAAAGUCUGGUCGGCGCAGCUGGUGUCCUCCUGUGCUUCUUCUUCGGGGCGGCCGUCUUCAAGAUCGGGAACUACGCUAAUGACGGCUAUCGUCUCGGAGUGCAGGAGGGCGUGUGUUCUCGAGACCCUCCUCCCCUCCCAGGCGCUGCAGGAGGGAUAGUGAGGGCGGCGUGGCUUCACGGAGGUCCUACUGGUCCCUUCGUCCACAUCCUGGUGGCGCAUCUGCUCAUCAUGGCCAGGCUCAUCAUGGAGGCCGCAGGAACCAAGGCUAUGAUUCUGCCCAAGAGCACGGUGUGGUGGUCCGAACUGUCCCGCGUUCUGCCGCAGAAAGACCGUCUGGCUGUCUUCAACGUCAUCGCGGCUCUGGCGGGGGCGUCGGAUGAUAACUCGUCGACUCAAGGACCGGUAGCCGCGCCCUACGAAGCCUCGACCUCCGUGACCUUCCAGGCGGCAGAGCUCACGGAAGACGACCUCCGCGACGACCUGGGAGACAACGACUGGCACGUGGGGGAGAUCCCGUGGGGGCCCUUCUCCCCCCACUUCCUCAACUAUCUCCUGGCGCACCUCAUCUACGCCGGCAGAUACGCGGGGGUCUUUUGGGGUACGAACAAAGGCCUCGGGUUCGUCUUCUUCGUCCAGCUGAUCCUCAACGCUGUUCAGAGCAUCUUCGCCCUCAAUGGGUUCCAGGUCCUCUACAAAGUGCACGUCGUCGGCCCUAAGGAAGUAUUGCCUGACUUCGACGGGUUCCUCCUGCCCCUGCCGGCUAUCUUCGCCGUCUUCACCGCCAGCCAGGCCCUUGUGCUCGCCUCGGGUUCCGUUCUGUACCUCUACGGCUUCGUCAAGUUCAACGCUUUCCUCAACGCCGAGAAGGAGAAAUACCACAUCCUGAGCAAGCACGGCCAUCAGACCCCGUGGAGCUACUGGCCUCACUGUUGGGGCUUGACAGUUCUCGUAGUCAUGACAGCCUCUGCAGCCCCGCUUGUGCAUGACUGGACCAUCAUGUACCGGACUUCGCUGGAUGCUUCUGUGUUAGCUGCCACGAUCUCCACCAUUUUCCACCUUUUCCUGUGGAUUUUGUUGUGGAUGGCACUCACCGUUAAGUCCAAGUGGUACUUCAAGCUCCGAGUCCAGAUUUCCAAGACGAUCGUCACCAAUACUCACUCCAUUCGCCUGGUCAACGAAGUGCAGCUCUCGAAGCAGGUCGAAGACACCGAAGGGCCUGUGAUGGUGAUCGGCGCCGGGAAGACCUACCUGCUGCAGGAAGGGAGCCCCAAGCGGUCGCUCAUGAAGCUCGUUAUGCACACUGUCACGGAGAAGAAGGCGCGCGGAGAGGAGGAGGAGAUCUACUGGCUGCGCCCCAAGCCUCCUCCCGGGGGUUCUGAGAGCUGGAAUAAGAGGAAGCACUCGCCCGGCGCCAAGCAUAAGGUUACUUUUGACGACACGCCCUCGACUUCAAGAAAACGGGAUUCGGGCAGGGGUAACUUGUGUCCCGACGUCCUUCACGACCUGUCAGACUCCGACACUUCGGACAGCGACGGGGACUACGCCAGGCUACGUGACGUGUCCUUCCCGGGACCCACCAGGAGGCUCUCCCACAAGCCCCCUCUUCCUGCCCCCCCUGAACAGAGCAGUCCUCCCGCCCCCCCUCCGAUCUCCCAGCCAACAGCCAUGAACUACCAGAGCGCCGCUAUGACCCACCAACAGCCCAUGACUCACCAGCAGCCCAUGACCCACCAGCAACCUAUGACUCACCAGCAGCCCAUGACUCACCAGCAGCCCAUGACUCAGCCCCCACCGCCACUCAUGAACCAGAGUCAACCGCCGCCCGUUAGUCAGCAUCCUCAACAGCCUCAGCCCGUUAAACAGCAGCCAAGUAUUAUUCAACAAGCUUCUAACAGUCAGCCGAUUCAAGCUCAACCGCACCCGCAGAUUAACAUACUUCGCGGCAACUCUAUGUAUUUCCCCUUAGGCCAGCACUUUCCAGGUACCUCAGGUUACCAGGUACCCUUACACGAUUCCCAAUUCAGUUUCUUUUACCAGGAGAGCAGUCCCGGGCGCAGCGGAGACCCAGCCGUGGCGGGAGAGGCGCCCAGGUGUUCUGAUUCUUCCUCCACCGCCUCCUCCGUGAGUCCUCCCGACAAGCGCUGUGACUCGGGCAUCCACUCGCAGGCUUCUUACUCCUCCUCAUCAGCAUCGCACUCCAAAUCGGGUUCUUCUGGUUCCGAAAGCUGCGUGCCUCUUGCCCCUGGUGCUGGCCCCCCCCGCUCUUCCAGUGUCGACAACCUGUGUCGGAACCAGCCCCCGCCGCCGCCGCCGGAGCCGUGCGUCAAGAGCCUGUCCCUGCAGCGGGGCGCCAUGCCUCCCUCCGUACAAACGAGCCAGGCCGACCAAGCCUCCGCCGCGGGGAAGUCGGGUCGGCUGAACAUCGAGGUGGUCGGCGGCGGCUACGGCUUCCUCCCGCCGUCGAAGUUCGUGGCCUCCGAGCCCGUCUACAGCGACGCCUCCACGCCGGUCGUGAUCAAGCGGCGGAGCUCCGUGACGGCCGUCGAGCCCGACACGCCCCCCUACGAGCGCUCGGGCUCCUCCUUCAGCACAUUCACGGAGCCGCAGCUACCGCGGGCAGUCCUGCGGGGCCCCCACUACCCCGUGGCCAAGGCUCAGACGGUGGCAUCGCAUGGCAUACGCGCGCGCCGCCUGCCCGCAGCCGAUGCUAAGCAUAACACUAUCGCUGGGGUCGUUCCGCCUAAGGGCUUCCAUCAGCCGGGCCACAUCGACUCGCGCUACUUUUCCGUGCCCGCCGUCAAGCCGCCAGGUACCCGCGUGCACCCGGCGCCCACCCCCUACCUCUCCUCUCGCACCCCCUCCCUCCACUAA